AUGACAAAAUUAAGCAAGCUGCUAACUGCUACAGAAAUUCACAAAACAAACUCACCAAUUAAACAUUCAUGGAAGAAGUCUUCUUGUUCCAUAUUUGUUGGAGUGUUAGUCGUUCCAAUAUUAGCUCUGACUGCUGCUACUAUUCCUAAGGUUCAGAAAGACGAGGGGCCUCCUUUUGAGUAUCAAUUGACAAUUCAUGUGCCCUCUGAUGUUAAUAGUUCUGAGUAUUAUACAAACUUAUCUAAUUUUGCUGAAGCGAAAAGGAAACUAAAGAACCAAGGAAAAAAAUUUAUUGUUGAAGAUAUCCUUAUCGCGAUUGAGAAUCGUGGAAAUGAUUUAUCUGCUAUCGAUCUUACAAAGGUCUCACAAGAGCUUAAUUGCCUUGCCGAUGAUGUAGAUCUUGUCAUUUUAGAAGGGAUGGGUCACGAUAUUGAAACAAAUCUCCAUGCUCAAUUUUAA